AUUUCAGCACAGCAUCGGCCAUUCCGUCACGUCACUGCACCCGACCCUGUUCGUCUCACACCACGCCGGGCUGGAAUCAUUCUGAUUGGUGUACCUGGCCACGAGGUGCUCAGAUCCAAACGGGUCCCUGGAUCCCAAGCAAAGCACCGGAUUCGAUCCGGGCGGCAAGUGCGGGUGCAGGAGCCGACAGCCAUUCUCUUCUCGAGGCUCGAGGUUGGCUAAAGCGCUUCUUUCUCAUUUACACACCUGAGUCCAGGGGCCUCUCGGGUCUCCUCGCUUUGUCUUUUCCCGGCCGGCAUCGCCGUGCAUUGUGCGUGCGUAUCAGUCGUGUGUGGAUUCUUGGGAGCUUCGAGAAUGUCGGCUAUCCUCGACGGCCCGGCUCCGGGUGUGCCGCCGCCUAUCCUGCCCCGCCAUGUAACACUCCGUGAUCGUCAAACGGUUGCGACUGUCGUCCCGUUUGCUUCUCAGCACCAAGUCCCCGAAUCUCUCCUCCGCUAUCUCAGUGACCAGUUCAACAAGGAGAUCGAGGGCGGAGACACCUACCCGAUGCUGGAACCAAUGGCAGCCGCCACCUUCUCCUCGUAUUGGUUCCAGAAAUUCGGCGGCGUCAUGCUCCUCGGCCACAUCGAGAGCGCCGCCGAGGUUGUCGAGGGUACGGACUGGUCGAAGGAGUGUCUCGGUACCUUUUACAUCAAACCCAACUACCCAGGCCGCAGCAGCCACAUUUGCAACGCCGGUUUUGUCGUCACCGACGCCGCCCGUAACCGGGGUGUGGGCCGGCUGAUGGGCGAAACAUAUUUGGAAUGGGCGCCGAAGCUGGGUUACAAGUACUCCGUCUUCAACCUCGUCUACGAGACGAACGUUGCAUCGUGCAAGAUUUGGGACGCACUGGGCUUCAAGCGCAUCGGGCGCGUCAAGGGUGCCGGGAACCUCAAGAGCUACCCGGACCGGCUGGUGGACGCCAUCAUCUACGGACGCGACCUCGGGGACGCAGCGGGCGGCGCGGGCAACGAGGAACUUGCUACGUAGCGCUGCUACCCACUACAAGCUCCUGGAGGGCGACGUCCUGAUGCUCAAAGACAAGGAGGUUAUUUCGGACCCCCAGCGUCAGUACGAAAUCGCUAGGAGCGUGCACAACCAAGCCCACGGCGGCAUCAAUAAGACGACGGCUACUAUUGCGGAACGGUACCACUGGAGUCGCAUCAAGGAAACCGUCUCAGAUGUAAUUAGGAACUGUUCAGAAUGCAAAGACACGAACAAGGCCUCGUCCUCCCAGGGCCAGCAGUCCUUCCCGGGGGCCCCUCUCAACGGGCUAAAGCGCCCCAACCUUGAUGGCGCCACGUCGACGGCUUGUAAGCGUGCCUCCCCAGGCCCAUCCGGGCCAGGGGCUGGCAUGCAGUUCACGGGGGUUCAGCGGUCGAUGGCCGAUCCAACCCACCUCUCCCCGUUCACCUUCUCAUCCCACCUCCAAUUCGCCGAUCCCAGCGCCAUCUCAAUCCUCCCUCCCCACCCCC